UUUUACACCGAUUCCAAACAGCCUCUUAUAUAAAGAAAAAGAAAAAGAAAAACAGAGCGGAAGGCGAGCGAAGUCUUCAUUCCCCGCUCGAAGGCCACCGCCGCUGUCGGUUGCCGACCCUGCUCGCCGGAGCGCAGCUCCACGUGAGCACGUCCAGCGAUAGGCUCCACUCUUCCUCCACCGCUCCCGCCGUCGUGACGCGCCGGGACCUCCUCGCUCGCCCGUGUCUUCUAGUCCGCUGCCGCUGUCGUUCGUAGACCAGACGUGCGCGGUGCGCCACCCCCCAGUGCAGUCCAUCUCGUCGGCUCAUCCUUUCUUUCCCUGCAGUGGUAAAUCAAUCUACCCGCGGUUAACGCGACGAUGCCGCGGUGAGGAGCGCCCGGGGAAGGCUGGCACCCGCAUUGCUCUGCGCCCACGGCCUGUUCGACGGAAUUCCCAGCCGGGGCGCCUCGCGGUGCUGGUUCGGCUGCCAGGGCCGAGGAUGCCCUUGCGGGCGUACGUGGGCAUGCUGGCACGCGGAGCCAGGCCUGGCGCGUACACGUUUCCGCCGUUGCUCAAGGCGGUGGUGGCAGAGCGGGGCGCCGUGGCGUCGGCCGCCGGAGACUCUGUCCACGCGCAUGUGGUUAAGUUUGGGCUGCAGCUCAACGCCCACGUGGCGAGCUCGCUGGUCCUCAUGUACGCGGCCAGGGGCGACGGCGUGACGGCGCGCGCACUGCUGGAUGUGCAGCCCGCCAGAGGUGGCGGCACGCCCGUCAUGUGGAAUGCGCUUAUGUCCGGUCACGACAUGUUGAGUAUAUUGUGUACGUGUAUAUGUGUGCCCACCUUCGCCAAGGUGGUCGCGUACCUCAAGCUAGAGGAGCGCCGGAUGCAGGUGGCAGGGACGCGCGCGACCCACACCGCCCUUGUCGCCGGCACCCGCGGGGGCUCGGCCCCGCCACCGCCCCGCCCGACGCCGCCCCAGCCGGCGGCGCCCGCCUUCCCGCCUGGCUUCCCGCCCGCCCAGCCGCCCCCUUCCCGCCGCCCCAGCCGGCGGCCAAUGGGGGGGGUCGUCGCGGCGGCCGCCGGGGUGGCCGCAAGCAGGGAGGCGGCGGCGGUGCUCAGGGAGGAGCACCUCGCCAGCAGCAGCCGGCCCCUCAGCCGGCGGCUCCGUGGUACGCCGGCCAGAACCCAUGGACCGGCGUUGUCCACGCCUACUCCAUGCCGGUUCCUCGGGCCCCUACUCCGGGCCUUCUCGGCACUCGGCCUCCGUCACACCAGGCGUACUACGCCGCGCCGCAGCCCUAUGCAGCGCCCUACGGGCAGCAGCCGCCACCAGAGAAGCAGGCAGUUCAGGCUGUCAUGCUGCUCUUUCCUGGAUAUGGUGAGGGCUGGCAUUGUGGCCACGCCGGUCACCUACAUCACGGUGCUGUCAGCAUGCGGCCAAGGCAACGACGUCCUGCUCGGAAUGCAGCUGCACAAGCGCGUCAUUGAGAGUGGGGUGUUGCCUGACCUCAAGGUGGAGAAUGCGCUCGUUGAUAUGUAUGCCGAGUGUGGAGAGAUGGAAGCAGCUUGGGAUUUGUUUGACAGCAUGCAGGUGAGGAACAUUGUGUCGUGGACAUCGGUGAUCUAUGGGUGUGUAAGACUAGGCCAGGUUGAUCGAGCCAGAGUACUGUUUGAUCGUAUGCCUGAGAGGGACACCGUCUCAUGGACUGCAAUGAUUGAUGGUUAUGUACAAGCUGGCCAGUUCCGAGAGGCAUUGGAGAUGUUUCGUGAGAUGCAACUUAGCAAGGUGAGGGCAGACGAGUUCACCAUGGUCAGCAUAGUCACGGCAUGCGCGCAGCUUGGUGCUUUAGAGACAGGGGAGUGGGCUAGACUUUACAUGAACAGACAUGGGAUCAAGAUGGAUACUUUUGUCGGGAAUGCGCUCAUAGACAUGUAUUCAAAGUGUGGGAGCAUCGGGAGGGCAAUGGACGUGUUCAAUGAGAUGCACAGUAGAGAUAAAUUUACUUGGACCGCUGUUAUACUUGGUCUUGCAGUGAAUGGCCAUGGUGAGGAGGCUAUCGAUAUGUUUGACAGGAUGCUUAGGGUGUUUGAAGUUCCAGACGAGGUGACCUUCAUUGGCGUUCUCACUGCAUGUACUCAUUCUGGUUUGAUUGACAAAGGACGAGACUUCUUUCUCAGCAUGACUGGGACCUACAGGAUUGCUCCUAAUGUGAUGCACUAUGGAUGCAUAAUCGACCUCCUUGGGCGAGCUGGAAAACUAAGAGAAGCAUUGGAGACAAUAGGUAAAAUGCCCAUGAAACCCAACUCUGCAAUUUGGGGGACCCUGCUGGCAGCUUGUAGGGUCCAUGGUAACUCAGAGAUGGGUGAAUUGGCAGCAGAACGUCUCCUUGAGUUGGAUCCUGAGAACAGCAUGGCUUACGUCCUUUUGUCCAAUCUGUAUGCAAAAUCGAAUAGAUGGGGAGAUGUUCGGUGGCUUAGGCAAUUAAUGAUGGAGAAAGGAAUCAAGAAAGAGCCUGGUUGCAGUCUUGUUGAAAUGAACGGCACAAUUCACGAAUUUGUAGCUGGCGAUAGAUCUCAUCCUAUGAGUGAAGAAAUCUAUUCUAAAUUGGACAAGGUACUCACGGAUUUGAAGAAUGAUGGGUAUGUACCUGAUGUAACCGAGGUCUUUGUUCAAGUCACAGAAGAAGAAAAACAAAAAGUUCUUUAUUGGCACAGCGAAAAGUUGGCUGUCGCUUUUGCAUUACUCUUUGGCACAACUUCUAUUAAAAGAAAGGUUUUGCUCUGCUCCUCUGAGUAA